GCCUGGUCGGAUGAUCGUACCCGUGUUUUUUGGCUUUAUUGCGCUUGACAUGUUCUCGGCUGCUCCUCGUGCGCGGCGACCGCUUGCCGAAAAUCGCGAAAAACGUGACCGUUUAAUGUGAAAAAUUGAGUGAAAAAAAUCGUCGUGGCAAAAUGAGCGACGGCGAUACUUGGACUUCGGUCCCAGACGGGGACUUUUCAAGUUUCUCGGCCAGUGACAGCUUUAAUCUCAACGACAUGACCGGUUUCGAUGAUCUUCUAACAAACUGUGAAAAUGAAUUGUUGAACAACGCAAAUUUGUUUAGCGAUGAACAUUUACUGUCAGAAUUGGAUGACUCCUCUUUGCCAUUGCAAUCAGGAGAAUUAGAAUUCAAUUUCUUAAAUUCAAGUCCUGUGGAAAUGAAGGUAGAUCCUUUAUUUAAUGACGUACCAAAUAUAAAGCCAAGUGUUGCAUCAUUGUUACCAACACCUCCUCAACAACAACAACAACAACAACAACAACAACAACAGCAGCAGCAGCAACCACCACCACAACCACAACCACAGCAACCUCAACAAGUCCAUUGCCAAAAUCAAAUGGAUACGAGUUUACCAUUGCAACAGACACCUGAAAGAAUUGCUCCUGCGCCUGUUCAGAAUCAAACUGCUGUUUUCGGAUCCCAUUAUACUAUUUCUCCAAAUGUAAAUUACAACGUUACAUCGCCAGUAGUAACAUUGGCACCUGUUGCUACCCAACAAGGGCAGUUACUUCUCCCAGCCAAGCUGAUAAAAUCUGAACCAGUUGUAUACUCUGGAAGAUCUCAAACUAUCAAUACAGCACCAGUUCAGCAUCAGAUUCAUACUCUAGUGAACACUGGAAAUGGCACAGUUCUUGCUACAGGGAUACCUCUUGUUUUGGACACGGAUAAAGUACAAAUCAACAGAAUAAACACAAACACGCAUACAGCAGUUCCAAAAGUUAAAGAAGUUAAACGCAGUGCACACAAUGCGAUUGAAAGAAGAUAUCGCACAUCUAUAAACGAUAAGAUUAUUGAACUGAAAAAUAUUGUUGUUGGAGUUGAUGCAAAACUUAACAAAUCUGCAAUUUUAAGAAAAACAAUCGACUAUAUUAGAUUUCUACAAAAUUCUAAUACCAAACUGAAAGCAGAGAACAUGUCUUUGAAAAUGGCUGCUCAAAGACAGAAUCUACGCGAGCUUUUGGUCUGUGGUGAGUUGACACCCCCGCGAUCGGACACCAGUGAGCCGUCCCUGUCGCCGGCUCCUGCGCCUUUAUCACCACCCUCGCCACCACCUCCUGUUAUCAAAGAGGAGCCCGAUGUCAUGCAGAAUAUGCAAAGAUCUGCGAUCGUCCGCGGUUCCGCGAACAAGGGUUUACCGGACCACACGCGCAUGUCACUUUGCGCCUUUCUUUUCAUAUUCCUUGCUUUCAACCCUCUUGGCUUUGUUAUGAACAAUAUGGCAAGGUUUGACUAUUCUAGCAAAAUAGAAGGAAGAGUGAUCCUGAACUAUGAUGAGCAACUAGAUUCUGAACACAGCGUGUGGAGUAGCCUGUUUCUCUGGCUUACGAACGCUUCGCUUCUGGCUUUUGGUUUAUGUCGACUGCUCCUGUACGGGGAUCCCGUGCUGCCUGCCGACAGCAAAGUAUCCGUCGAACUUCAUCGCUGGAGACGCCAAGCCGAGUUUAAUAUAUCCAAGGAUGAUUACGAACAAGCCCAUCGAGAUCUCAGUCAGUGUCUCCAGUACUUCUCGCGCCAAUUGCCGCAAACGCGCAUGGACGUAUUCUUUGUAAGCAUCUGGCAGAUUUUCCGCCAAGUGUUGCAUCGUUUCUAUAUCAGUCGUCUGGUGACUUACAUCGGCAAGAAAUUUGUCGACAAGUCUGAGAGGCAACUGGCAGAGAUAUCCGCGAUGGAGAUGGCGAUCGUCUACCAACACAUGUUGUGCCUCAAGCUCUCUCGCGGAACCAAGGGUUCGACAGUCUUUAUUGCUCUCUCAGCCGUCAACUACGCCGAAGCCGCUGGCGACACCAUGCCUAAGUCCAUGCUCGCCGAGAUCUACGUGAAUGCAGCGUUGUGCUUCAAGCAGUCACUCUUCCCGUUCGUGCAUAAAUUCUACCUGAAUAAAGCGCGCAGUCUCCUACUGGCGUCGUGCGUGGUGCCGCAGAAGCUCAAGUGGGUUGUCAACGACGACGGCAUGCGCUUCCUGAUUUCGCAGAAAUGGAGCUACGGACAGAGGGCUGAAAGCGAUUUCAGUCUGCAGAAUAACAAGUCCGACCCGCUAUCGUAUGCCGCCAGAGCAUACAGAGAGUACCUCAUCAGCCAGGGAUUGAAAUUGCUGGCUGGAACAGCUGGUGAUUCUCACGCUUCGGGACUUUUGGAAAUAUCUCGAAAAAUCAUGGUUUCGGCGCAAAUCGAUCUGUGCAUUUGCAGCGAGGACAAGAUUGGAAUCACUAAAGUAGAAGAUGAAGUAGGUUUAUGGUGGGGUGCUGUUAUGUGCGUGGCAGCUAAUUUCAGAUUAGGAGAGGAAGAUUCUGACGCCUGGAACAUUGUCGAAGGGAAAUUUCCGUUCGAGAAAAGCUCGCAGUUGGGAAAUAGCAAUCCAUUACCUCAUGCUGUGCUUCUUCUUUUGCAAUCCGCAAGAUGCCCUUCAAAGCGUACGACUAUUCGUCUUAUCGAUCAAGCCAGCACAUUCCUCGAACAUUCAACAGUUUACAACAAUUGCAAGCAGCAGUCGUCUCAAAAUGUUUUGCUUACCCAACUGUGGGUUUGCGAUUGGCUGCUGGAGAUGAGAACUACACUUUGGGAAGAGCUGAAAGAAGAUAUUGAGAAACCAGCUAUUAACUCGACUCUGAUUGGUUUCCAACGAGACCUCGCGUGUAUGCGUCAGCUAUGUCAACACAUACCGUCUGUCUUACCGCGAGUAUUCUUGUACGAGGCAACGGCUAGAAUAAUGGCUGGUGCGACACCCGUUAAAACGCAGAUUCUUCUGGAUCGCAGCCUGCACCACCGCAACUCGCGAACCUCGAUAAUCUGCGGUAAAGAUCGAUCGCAGGAGCAAGGCAGCGGUGAGCGGGAGCACGCCGCAGCUUUGUGUCUGGCCUGCAGACAUCUGCCGGUACUGCUGUUGGCAUCGCCAGGCGAACGGGCUGGCAUGCUCGCAGAAGCUGCUAAAACGCUGGAGCGCAUUGGCGACAGAAAGAGGCUGCAAGAGUGUUACGAAUUGAUAAGGCAGCUCACGCCCGCUAUUUCGUCCAAUUAAGUGGACAUACGAUAUUAUACGCGAUCCAAACAGAUUAGUAUAAAUUCAUUUUAUUUGUGUACAAAGGCCAAGAUAUAUCUUGUAUUCGAGCGUUUUCCAAGAAAAUUCUCAUGUAGAGAGAAUAAUUUAUUUCACUCGAUGUAUUUAAAGUACAUCAUUGUUCAAGUAUAACUUGAAAGUUUUUAUUUUAAAAUAAUUUGAUCAAUAUAAUAGUAUAUUUAAUCUAGAGUAGUGUAGCGGUUAUUUUAAAAAGAUGCUUGAUAAUCACACUGUCUGCAGAGGAUGUGUAUGUAGGGCAGGGAGAAAGAUAUAGGCCAUUGAGCUUGGUACAGAUUUUAUUGUAAACGAUAAUAAUGGAAAUAGAAAGAUUGUUCGCAGUCAUUUGGUUAACAACGAUUUACGCGCCCAUUGUCCGCAGUUAAGGCGUGGGCAGUGCGGUGCCAGCUGUAGUGUUUGUAUACCAAGAGUACGCGACAAAGAGAAAACCCUUUCUUAACAAGCCAAUUCGACAUUGACGGAAAUCUUUGAUAGGAUAAGCAGUGCAUCAUUCUAUCAAGUUUGUAAUCCUUUCUAUGCAAAUUUUUAAACAGCAGACGAAUACGCCUUUAUAUUUUUUAUUGGGUGUAGAUUGCUAAAAAAUCUAUAUCAAGCUUCAAGCUCUUUUUUUGACAAUGUACAAAUAAUAUCACAAUAGAACUAGGAAAAAGAGGACGAUGAUGUAAAAGAAGAACUGACUAAUGCAACAGAUUAUGGUCGAUUCGUAAAAAUUAUAUUCAUCUCCGUUAAAAUUACAUUUGUAUUUUUUUUUUCAUCGCCGAUCAUUGUAGAUACUUCAUAAACAAAAUAGUGUAUAAUAAUCUAUUUAUAAUAUAUUAUAAUAGUCUUUAUAAGAAAA